AUGUCUACUACUCAAACUGCUACCGAAACUGCACAAUUAUCUCUAACCGGUGGUGCUAUCCGUCAUGCGUUGUCUGAUGUUGUCAAGACUGAUGACUGGUCUGACUUCAAAUUCACUCCAAUUCGUGAAUCUACAGUUUCCAGGGCCAUGACCUCUCGUUACUUCAAGGACAUGGACAAAUAUGCUGUUGCCGAUGUUGUCAUCAUUGGUGCUGGUUCUUCUGGUCUAUCUGCUGCGUACGUCAUUUGUAAGAACAGACCAGACUUAAAGGUAGUCUGUAUUGAAUCUAACGUUUCUCCAGGUGGUGGUGCUUGGUUAGGAGGUCAAUUGUUCUCCGCUAUGAUCAUGAGAAAACCCGCUCACUUAUUCCUAGACGAAGUCAAUGUUCCAUACGAAGACGAAGGUGACUACGUAGUCGUAAAGCAUGCUGCUCUAUUCACCUCUACUGUUCUAUCAGAAGUUCUAAAGUUCCCUAACUUCAAAUUGUUUAAUGCUACUGCUGUUGAAGAUUUAGUCACCAGACCAGCUGGUAACAACGGUGAAGUUACAGCUGCCGGUGUUGUCACUAACUGGACUCUAGUCACCAUGAACCACGACACACAAUCAUGUAUGGAUCCAAAUGUUAUUGAAUUAGCUGGUUAUCAAGACGAUGGUUCCCGUGAUACUUCUGCCAAACACGGUGUCAUUCUAUCUACCACUGGCCAUGAUGGCCCAUUCGGUGCUUUCACUGCUAAGAGAAUUGUUCAAAUCGAUGGUAACCAAACCGUUGCCGGUAUGAAGGGUCUCGACAUGAACCACGCCGAAGCUGCAGUUGUUAAAAUGUCUGGUGAAUACAAAGGUGUCGGUAAUGUUUACUUUGCAGGUAUGGAAAGUGCCACUCUACAUGGUCUAAACAGAAUGGGUCCAACUUUCGGUGCUAUGGCUGUUUCUGGUAUCAAGGCUGCCGAUGAAAUUCUAAAGCAUUUUGCUGCUUAA